CAGUGGAAUAAAUGGAAUGAAACAGCUCUUAAAUCAAUUUUGGAAGUAUAGAGAAAGAUUAAAUUUCCGAUAGCGAAGGCAGUUCCAAUCCAAUUUGCAUAUCGAUUAUCGAACAUAAUAAUUAAUUUAUGAAAUUUUCACAUCAGACCGCAACUGCGUUGAAAAAUUUCGAAUUGUUUUUCUAAUAUUGAGAAAGUAACAAAUUGUACACGUCCCAAGAGUUUGCUUUAAAGUAGCAUUGCCAGAAACGAGUAAUACCUACAUAUAUGGAUAUAUAAGAAUAUUUCACAUAAUGGCAGCCACGCGUUGCAAACUCGACAUAGCCAAAAAUAAUAGCGCUUACGACAAAAAUAACAGAGCUUACGACAAAAAUAAUAGCGCUUACGACUAAAAGAAGAGCAUAGGGAUAGCCAGGCGAGAGUUUCAUGUUUUUCAAUUUACUCAAAUUGAUAUUAAACGUGGUUUUAAGCUCAGUGGCAAUUAAUAAUGAAUACCGAGGAAGAGCCAGAAGUACUUUGGACGAUAAGCAACAUUAAUAUGGUGCCAGUAAUUGUGGCUGCCAUAAUUGGUUUGAUUUUUAUUGCGCUUUUUGUUAUUCUACGUAAACGUUCAUCAGCUAGGCGUGAUUUUCUCCUAACGGGCUUAAGUGAAUCUGGCAAGAGCGCUAUUUUUAUGCGUUUAUUACAUAAAAAAUUUCCUGACACCUACGUAUCGGUAAAAGAAAACAUGGGCGAAUAUAAAUCCGGUGGCUUAGCGGGGAGGAUUAUAGAUAUACCCGGCCAUUACAGAGUCAGAAAUAAAUGCUUUGAUCAAUAUAAGCGGACAGCGAAGGGUAUUAUAUUUGUGGUAGAUUCCGUGACCAUUCAAAAGGAUAUACGUGACGUAGCUGACGCUUUGUACACAAUUUUAUCGGAUAUCGCAACAGUACCUUGUUCAUUUUUAGUAUUAUGUAGUAAACAAGAUCUGGCUACCGCUAAAUCUGUAAAAGUACUCAAACAGUUACUUGAAAAAGAAAUGAAUUUGGUCCGUGGCACGCGUGGUAAAUUGGAAGUAUUGGGAGAAAAUGAAACCAAUAAAGCUACUUAUUUAGGCAAAAAUGGGAAAGACUUUGAAUUUUCUCAUCUACCACAGAAUAUACAAUUUUACGAGUGUUCAGCCAAAGAAGAUCAACUAAAUCAUUUAACUGAUUGGCUCGACAGAAUGUUGUAGACGGGUGUUGUCUGAUACUGCUGCAUAUUAGGGUAGGAGCACUUCCCAUAUUUUUUAUACAAUUUGUAAAACUGCAAUAAUUAUAAUUAAAGGACGU